ACUGAUUUUUCUCUGCUUUUUUGGAUAUUAAUCAUAAAAACACAAACUAUUUUCUCGUCUAUAAUUGAUCACAUACGGCAAAAUUGAAUAAUUGCAGGCACGCGUCAUCAAGGGAUUUUGAAGCGUAUCGUAGGAACAAGGGGCGUACGUUCACUCUCGGACUGUUUACCGCGCUCUUAGGGGAACCAGUGACUAAGGAGUUAAAAACCAGCCCUUGUCUUGGGUGGGAGAUCGUCGACUGAACAUACGAAGUCAUACGCCCACCCCAAAGUCUGCUUGUAAGAGGAAUUGACUGUUCAAUUUAAAGUUUGAGAAGUUGGCUGUAAUUUCAUAUUACGAUAUUUUAUGGGAGUGUCUCGCGAACUGUGUGUAAACAUUGUGAUCAGUUUUCUAAGGAUAAUAAGGACCCCGUGUAAUAAACCUUAUCUGAACUUAUAAACUUCACAUCAACACCACCCUAGCUCUCUCUCUCUCUCUGUGAUUUACAUAUUCCCGCCAAUGAAUGCGGCUCAUUAUGAAAGGAUAAUGUCGAGAAUGAACAGACAACAUGUGAGAGUGAUAUCGGGGAUUAUAUUGCUAAUUGUAAUCAGGUGUUCAUAUUGUCAGGACUUCGCCACGGAUGCUCCGAAAGAUCCACAAACAGAGGCGACUUCAACGACCCAUGAAGCUAGCAGUGCGGAAAAUUCACCCUCAUUAGACCCCUGUUCCAACACAUUCGAACACGACAUUCUGACAGACGAUGGCUUCCGGUCACCCGCCUGUCGUAGAUCCCAGUCUGAGCCUCGUUGCGAUGAUAACAUUGUCGAGGGUUGGUACCUCCUUCACUCGUCCGACGGAUCGACCACCCUUAGGGUUCACCGAGAGUGUCCCAGGCAGAGCAGGUGUGGAACAGACAACCCUAUAUGGAUGAAUGGUACCUACCCCGCGGUGGCUGAUGGGAUAGUAGAGAGACAGAUGUGUGUGAGGACGGCGUUCAGUUGUUGCCAGGACUCAUUCCACGUCAAGGUCAAGAACUGCUCGACCUUCUUAACCUUCAAACUGAAACCCGUACCCAAAUGUAACCAGCGUUACUGCUAUGACAGGAAUGAGUGUGCACCCAUAACCAAUACGGCUCCUAUAACCGCAGAAUUCACAGAUGAUAACCUUUGUCCCAAUGGAACCUACAGGAAGGCCAACAACAACGCAAGUCAAGAAAACAGGAACAAUCCCUGUCUAUCAUGCCCCCUGGGCUUCGUCUGUGCUAACGGGAACAAAUCGCCCUGCCCGCUGGGAUUCUACUGCCCACCUGGGUCCUCUAAGGCUGAGUUGUGUCGUCCAGGGAACUACUGUCCGAGGGGACCACAUUACCCGAUGCAAUGCAAGGCUGGGUUCUAUAACCCAGCCAAUGCAAGUGUCAACAGUUCAGCAUGUCUGCCUUGCCCACCGGGCUUCUACUGUUUCUCCAAGGGCCUUGAUAGUCCCACAGGCCCAUGCCUUCCCGGGUUUUAUUGUUCCGGAAGUUCAACCAAAGCCAACCCUGAUGACGGAAUUAUGGGGAAUUUAUGCCCACCUGGUCAUUAUUGUCCAAGAGGUUCGGGACAGCCGAUUCCUUGCCCCGAGGGCUUUUUCAAUCCGACCUCCAUCCGUUCAAAAUGUGAAAUUUGCCCAAAAAACCUUACAUGCCCAGAAGGAUCAAUAUACCCUUUCGAAUGCAAUUCUGAGAAUGUCUCUUUAAGUGUGGAGUGUUCCUUACGCCCUGCGGAGCCCACAAUAAAUCCAUGCAGUAACCCAGAUGGAUCGCGCAAAUAUGGAAUAUGUGAAGAUUGCCCACCUGGAAAUCUAUGUAAAAAUGGGUUCAAUAUCAGCUGUCCUGCUGGAUAUUUUUGUCCGAAUGGAACAAGUGUAUUUAUCUGUCCGGAAGGAUACUACUGUCCGGUCGGCCGGACGAGUCCGAUGCCAUGUCCAAUCGGAACCUUUAAUCCCUAUUCCGGCAAUGGAACAGAGAAAGCCUGUUUGAAGUGUACUCCGGGAUUGUUUUGCAAGGAUAAAGGUUUAAGUGUUCCCUCCGGGCCCUGCUCACCCGGAUUUUAUUGCAAUGGAAGAUCAGUCACUCCCCACCCCUUAAACGGACACGGGGGAGAUAUAUGCCCAGUCGGACACUAUUGUCCGGAAGGGACGGGACUGUUCACUCAAUGUCCGCCGUCUACGUACAACCCAUCCAGAGGCCAAUCGAACAAUCGGUCCUGUUUAGCUUGCCCUGAGGGGCUGACCUGUAACAGAUCGGGACUCGCCCUGCCCAGUGAAUGUUACGCGAACUCCACGAAUAUUACGGACGCUUUAACAGACAUCAGUUGUCCAGAACUAGGUGAUUACUGUUCCAAUAACUCAAAGUGCUUGUAUGAAGGAACAUGCAGAACCAACAACAAAACCUGGGGUUUCUGUGAGUGUCUCCCCAAUAACGAGGGAAGCUUUUGCGAAAUCGAUAAAACACUGCUUUUCUUGAUGGAAAACUCUACACUUAACUAUCAGACGGUUGAAAAGGAAGAAGUUGUCGUGGAGAUCGUGUUCGGAACGUCCUUCUUGCAGAGUGACUUGAAUAUCACGUGGUACAGGAAUGACCUGAAGGUCAGAAACUCGUCCCGCGUGGAGAUCACCACGGAUGUUGCAGACGACUAUUUCAGACUUUACACCACCAGACUCAGGAUAAAGUCUGCCAGAGAGUAUUAUAACGGGUCCGCGGUGGUAGUGGCAAGCCUCCCACAGCUCGGGGUCAGCGUCUCGGUGAACGUCUCCCUGACCGUGGUUCCUCUACCCGUGGUCACCGUGUCCCCACUGUCGGUCAGUGUCCAGACAGGGGGCGCUGUCGUACUCACGUGUUCUGUGCAGAAUCUGGAUCCCAGCAAUAUGGCGGCCACGCUGGAGUGGGUCAAGGACAGGGAUGUACUGUUGUUACAGCAACAAAAUGAAUCAAUGCUUACGAUCUCCAAUGUCCAGAAAGACCGGGCGGGUCAGUACGUGUGUCGCCUGAGGUACAGUGUGUUAGGGGUGAACGGAACCAGAAAGGCCGCCGCGGACGUCUUUGUGUACUCACCAGAUGAUUUACGAUGUAAGAAGACUGUAGAUGAGCACGGAAUUCACUGGGAGGUCGGAGUGACAGGGAUGGUGUAUUACGCUCUCUGUCCGGAAAAUUACGUAGGAAAUGCUAGCAAACUCUGUAAAUCCGACGGUACCUGGGAGCGCACAGUUACCAUCAAUUGUGUGGACAAAGAUAUUGCCGAAGCGAACCAACAGCUGGACGAUAUUUUGACCAACAACAUAGUAGAUACGAGUUUUGUAUCGUCUGUUGUGGGUAAACAAAUGGCUUCUCUGCGUAACUGGACUGCGCAACACAUUGGUACUUCCGGUGACGUAGAUAGAACAGUUGGCCUCCUGGAUAAAGUUCUACAAGCAACGGAUGUAGCCAACAGUAAACUUCCAGAUAACGAUUUUGUUAACGUAGUUGAUAAUGUACUGAGUGAAGGGCAAAGUAAAAACUGGAGGGAUAUCAACGAACAGACAAAGGAAGGAUCCAGUCGAAUUUUGUCCACGGUAGAGGAAUUUGGACAGCAGGUGUCCAAAGGUUUACCAUCUGGAGAAUACAAGAACUAUCAUGCCAAAAACUACUUUAUGACUGUUGGUCACGGAUCAACUCAAGAAAGCGUGACGUUCCCGGAUUCACCUGCCUCAGACUCUACGUCAUUAGUGUUACCUGUCCAAUCUGAUCCUCAAGGAAAAGAAACUGUUUAUAGCGCAACGAUAUACCGUACAGCGUAUACCUUUCUUCCAAUAAAAAAUGAACUAUCAGGAAACGGAUCUGCAGAUAACUCAUAUGUGAACUCGGACGUUUUGUCCAUGGAUAUUAUCGACGAAAGAGAGAAAAUUUCACUGAAUCCCGGCAUUGUGCUGAACAUCGAACACAAGACAGAGACUGAUCUUGAUAAAACCAACGUGUCAUGCGUGUUUUGGAACUUUACUCUCCGGUCAUGGUCCUCUGAGGGCUGCAACACAACGAAAGUCAAUGGUCACGUGACUAGAUGUGAAUGUGAUCACCUGACAAACUUCGCUAUUUUGAUGCGGCCAUACAGAGAGGAGACGGAGGACGCCAUUCUGAGUCUGAUUUCACUGAUUGGCUGUUCCAUCACCGUGGUCCUAUCGACAAUAACAUUCUUCAUCUUCAUGAUUCUAUGGCGGUAUAUUAAGAAUGACCAGAAUUUGGUCCUGAUACACCUGUGUGUCAGCAUUUCCCUGGCUUACCUGCUUUUCCUCGUGGGUGUCACCAGAACGGAAAAUAAGGUGGUCUGUACAGUAAUAGCCGCCUUCCUGCAGUACUUUUUCUUGGUGGAGUUUUUCCUGAUGCUGGCUAUGGGGGUGUACUAUUUCCUACAAAUCACAGUGCUCUAUUACUCAUUCAGUACUGCAAACGACAUCAAGGCCAGGCUGAACAUGAAGCGACUGCUGCCCAUUGCUUGGGUCAUUCCUGUCUUCAUAACUGGCAUCACCAUAGGGGCAACCUACACACGGGAAUACAACCAAAGUCGUGUAUGUUGGUUAUCGACAGAGAGCGGGUCCCUAUACGGGUUUGUUGGACCCGUGUUACUUAUCAUCUGUAUCAAUUUGUUCAUCAUAUGCUCGCUUUUCCGCGUAAUGUGCGCAACAAGACUACUUGCAGAGUCCAACACCAAGCGAAAGGCCACGACUGGUCUGCGCAGUCUGUGUACAUUAUUACCCGUUCUGGGCAUCACGUGGGUGUUUGGUAUAUUGUCCAUCAAUGAGGACUUGAUAGCAUUCCAGUACCUUUUUGCAGUAUUUAAUUCCCUUCAGGGGCUGUUUAUAUUUGUUCCAAAUUGUUUACUCAAUAGAAAGGUUCGAGAGGCCCUUCUCAAGAAGAUGCGAUUAUUCGAAUCUCAGCAAGAAAAUAGCAAAAUUCAAACUAAGAAUUCUAAAAGAUUAUCGAAUGUGCAAGAGAAUUUGAAGAAAGUUAAGAAUGACAAAGAGAAAGAAGCAAAUUCAACAAGAAGAGUUACUCCGCCUGUACGGUUAAUAAAAUAUACAAAGCAGUUGGAUUUUAUUGAUGGUGGUCACGACAAUGUCUGCUUUGACGCCAUGUUGCCGAUAGAUGUCGUUCCUUUGAGACGUCAGUCUUUAUCUGACAGCACGCCGACUACCCCGGGAGACAGUGUACAAGAUGGCUCCAUCAGACUUGUCGGUGGAAAGAAUCCGUAUGAAGGGCGGGUAGAGAUCUUCCACUCCGGGAUCUGGGGCACUAUCUGUGACGACAUGUGGACAUUUAGGGAGGCUGGCGUCAUCUGUCACAUGUUAGGCGCAAUGAGAGAGAAUGCAAAAGUGAAGGCCAAUGCAGAGUAUGGAAACGGUGUGGGAAGCAUCUGGCUUGAUGAUGUGACUUGUGUUGGCAAUGAAACGUCAAUUGUUAACUGUUCUCACAUUGGAUGGGGAAACCACGAUUGUAAGCAUGCGGAGGAUGUCGGGGUCAUAUGUGUUCCAACCAGCGGGACAACUGUACGUCCUUCCACGGUCGCACCACAACCAAUAUUUUUUACUGCUCCGCAGGAAGUGAUAGUGCAUUGGGGACAGCCUUUCCAAUUAACAUGUUUUACGCUAUUUCCUGAUAUCUCAAAGCUUAAUGGUCAUAUCGUCUGGUGUAAAAACGAGAUUGUAUUUCGUAACCAAACAUUAGAUUCCCAAAAUUCCACUGGUCAAUGGUUAUAUAAUGUGGACCAGGCCCUCUCUAUCCACACCGGAACAUACACGUGUGGAUUAGAUCGAUGUCAGAGGAACCUGGCGACCGUUGAUGUUACAGAUAUACCAGAAAAUGAGUGCAAGGCGCCUCUUGCUCUCAAUUGUGAGAGGGAUAGACUCGAUGACGUCAGCGCUCAGAUUGAUUUUCUUACCAAAGGCGAUAUAAAUAGUGCCGAUGUUGAUCACGCGAUUAAGACGGCGUUACCUAAACUCGCAGAUUUUGUGCAAGAGGGAAUUUCAAAUGGUGAAAGCUUGGACAAGACCGUGGAUAUCCUACACAAAAUGACGUCAUUAGCAGACGCUUCAAACGUCAGCAUUGAGUCAGCGACCUUUGUGACCGUCGUUGACCAUCUGCUAUCCACCAAUCGGACCACGGCCUGGCAGAACAAAUCCUCUAAGAUUGAGUCCAGCGUAGACAGCAUUCUAGAGGCGGUUUCAACGUUUGGAAACGUGAUCUCGAAGACCGUCACGCUAAAUUCAAACAUAACGCUCUCUAGAGAAAACUUAGUUAUGACAGUUGCACGGAUUCCCAAGGAUACCCGAGUUCACUUUCCCGGAAAUCCUGAUUCAGACGACACACACUUGGAGCUUCCGCCUCAGCUUCAAUCCAUUGACCGUGAAUUUAGUUAUGUCGCUACCAAAUAUAAAUCAAUAUCGGAAAUACUUUCUGGAUGCAGCCAUUCAACCAGUAGUACCACAGAUUCAGAAGAGGCUGUUUCCGAUGUUUUGGCAUUGUCACUUAAUGGAGAAAAGCAUCGCGUGGAGCUGAGCCCACCAUUACAAAUAAGCUUUACACAUCCGAAACAUGAUGAAACACAAUUUGAAAUUGUGUGUGGGUAUUGGAAUGCCAGUCAAAUAAAUGGCAGCCAUUGGUCCACUGAUGGUUGCACUGUGACGAGAAAUCACGAGAAUCUCACCGAAUGCCGAUGUAGUCACCUGACCAAUUUUGCCAUCUUGGUCAGACCUUACCAAAAGGAAACCGGAAGUAUCGAAGCUCUCAAGUGGAUCUCCAUCAUCGGCUGUUGUAUCUCUGUCUUCUUUUGCAUCAUCACCAUUGUCAUAUUCUUGGUGCUGUGGAGAUUCAUCAAAUCUGAUAUGAACCUACUUAUCAUAAAUCUUUGUGUGAAUAUCGGCCUGGCCUAUAUAUUGUUUAUUGCCGGAGUUGAAAGGACGGAAAAUGAGACGGCCUGUCUGGUGAUUGCCGUACUCCUACAGUACCUGUUCCUGGUCGUCUUCUGUCUGAUGUUGGACAUCGGAAUUUACUACUUUGUCCACGUGACGCUGGUCAAAAUUUCCUUCAUCAUGGCCAACAAGUUCACCUCAAAGUCCAGAAAGACUUUGUUUCUCACCAUUGCUUACGGUGCCCCCGGUGUCAUCACGGGCAUUACGUUGGGAGUUACCUACCCUGAUAAAUAUCGCUUGCAUAACAUGUGCUGGCUAUCAUUAGACAGUGGGGCACUCUUUGGGUUUCUGGGACCAGUGGCUCUCAUCGUUUUGGUUAAUUUGGUCAUCCUCAUCACCCUGGUAAUCACUAUCUACUCGACCCAGCUCGCAUCCACAGGGACCGUUAGGAGGAAAGCAGUGUAUGUAGAAAUGUACCGGUAGUCCAUUAAUAACAGC